AUGGACUUGCAUACACGCGCAAUCGAGGGCUUCAAGAGAUCCGAUUUCCAUACCAAAUAUGUCCAUCGCAAGCCUGGCAUGUACGAUUCCAAUGGACAUGGAUCAAGGGAACGACAGGGACGACCAUUUGUUCUUCCAGAGGAUAGAGCACCACCGAUCAGAACCGAAUCCGUUGCGUCUUCGACUUCAUUUGAUUCAGCACACAGUGACAGAUACACCACGCGUAUGGGUAAUGGCAGUGAGCAGCAUCGAUUACAGCAAAGUGAUCCAUUUGUAUCCACUGGCACGGAUUUGAUAUGGGGAUCAUCAUCGAGUAUGGACAUGUCACCACGCACGCGACAACGACAAGAUAGCAGUAAUUCAAAUGGGCAUGUCAAGUUUGCUCCCGACAAUGCUGCGUUUGAGAACUUGCGCUCAGAGGCUAUGGAAUUGUGGCACAAUGGAGUUGACCUUGAACUCAAACAAUCUCGACAUCAACCACCAAAGAAGAAAUCCGAAUGGAUGUCAGAGUCAGAAUUCCAAAACUAUCAAGGUUCUUCAACUGAUCACAAGACAACAAGUACUACUGCUGCUGCUGCACCAACUAGCUCUUCCACCAAUGGUCGCACAUUUGCUCAAGUGGCCAACCCAACAAAUAACAACAAUGUCAACUCUAUUGGCUGGUCACCAGAAGAAGAACAAUCUAUACCCACAAACACCAUGUUACAACAUCAACAUCAUUUACCACAACAACAACAACAACCAUCGCCAUUCAAUCACCAUCAUCAACAACAACAACAACAUCCAUCUUCAUUGCAUUAUAUCAUGUCCCCUCCUCGAAUACAGCGUCAAGGUGCUGAGACUGAAACAGUGGUAUCGCCUAUCCAAGUAACACCACCACCACCGCCAGCAAUGCCUCUUGCAAUCGAUCACAUUGGGGAUGCAAAGAUGUAUCGACGAUUAUUCUUCAUGUCAACAUCACUCUACAAGCCUGAAUCGACACGACGACCUUAUGAGGAUAUCGAGGAACUCUUAUUGAAAUGUCGUCAAUUGGGAGAAAAGAAUUUUGGCAUGAUGGUCCAUAUGCUAUUAUCACGUUUCAAGCAAGAGCGUAGCCAGACAACGAUGCAUUCAAAGCUACCGAUCGCCACCAUCAUGCGUAAGAGCUGGAUCAAUUUUUAUGCAGCUGUCAACGACUAUAUCCAUUUUUCGGUUCUUACGCCUCAUGAAUUGCUUCCGUUAUUGGAGUUGUUUUCUCAAUUCGCAAGUGCUUUUCCUGGCUAUGAAGGCAUCCCACUUUCCACUCUCCGAAAGCGUUAUCAAGAAAUCAAGGGUGUGUUCGAGCAUCAACAUAUGCAACGUUCAGAAACGCUCUUACGAGAAAUUGAGCGGGAUAUGGAAGCGAAGCCUGAUUUGCGUAUGGGCGAUUAUGAUCAUUGGCAAUCCAAUAGAGAGAGUGGUGGUGAAUGGAAAAAGUCACCCGAUCACUCCAAGUUACCGAUCCCACCUAUUCCAGAUGCAGAGCUAUUGUUACAAGAGACGCGUGUUAUGCUAGAGAUCGAGAACAAGAGAAAGAUACCAGCAACUUCGCCCUUACGUCAAUAUCUCAGAGAUCAUCGACUCGAUCGCAUCACCAAUAUCCUUCAUACGCCUUAUCCAAAUGAAGAGACGUACCUCACAGUGCAUUAUGUGCUUUUGCGUGAUGAGAUCUUUGGUCCAUUGUAUGAUGCUAUUCGUCAAUACGCCAUCGAAGGAUCAACAAAGGAACCUAUCACAAAGUUCGGCUAUGGUUGGACAAUGCACACCCAUUGCAAAUCGGUUUGCUCAGCAUUUUUACCCACCAUCAAUGAACCUGCUAUUGUAUUCGAGAUUGGUUUUCCUUGUCCUCAAUCAUCCUUGCCUUUGGAAGGUUCAAUGGCGGUGCUGAUACCAAGUGGAAGUGGUUUAUUAUCUUGGGAUUCUUUGUUGGAUACCACUGUCAAGGGAACCGUUGCCUGUACAUACGUCACCCCACGAGGAGUAUCCAUGUUGGCCAUUCACAUUGAUCGUGAACAAGUUGAAAGGGUCAAUUGGUCUGCGACGUAUACGGUGCUUACCAGUAAUACCAAUUCAAUGGCUAUGCUCCCUGUUCUCGAAUGGCUACAAUCACAAUGCACUCAGAUCAAUGAUAGAAACCUCUCCAAGGUGGUGACCCCAUUAUUACUUUCCCCUUCAGGUGCAACAGGGUCAACGACAUCUUCUUUGACAAAUGAGACGCCCGAUUAUCUAUGUGGAGUCAUGCUCAACAUCUCCAACAUUUUGGUACCAAAGUUGAAAGCCAAAGGAUUCAAAGCUCAGAUUGGUGCCAAUGAGGGAACAAGCACGUGGCCAGAGCACUCCAAGACACAAUUGGCAUUGCAUCCAAGUCAACGAGAACCAUUGUAUAGCUUGUCAUCAAGUCAGCUUAAAGCUAUUCAAUAUGCAUUGACCCAUCAAGUUGCCAUGAUCACGGGUACUGAAGGCACUGGCAAAACCUUCCUUGCUACCAAGUUGAUUGAGUUGACUUAUCAAGCACUCGUUUCAAGCCAAUGUUUCCAACCCAUUUUGGUGCUUACGCGACGCGAGUCUACGUUGGAUGAUAUUUUGGAGCGAUUGGUCAACACAAUUCCUGAUUUGCUUCGUUUGGGUGCUGCACCUGCACAUGAGCCGCUUUUGAUCCGACAGGCGAUUCGUGUAGCCGAGCCUAAUAUUGGUGAUCCUGAUCGCAAGUACAACCAAAUGUUGGAGCGGAAGAUAGCUACGUGGCAAGGUCAUCUUACAGCACUUUGGAAGUAUCGUAAGCGGAUUGAACAAGGAGAUCCAUCGGUGAUGGUGACCACGUUGCCGCCUUAUUGCAAACAAGCCAUGGUCCGAUCUUGCAUGAGUGCCAUUGUGAAGCCGUUUACUGAUUUUACCAUGGAGCAGCUGUGGGACUUUUGGAUGGAUGAGAAUGAUAAAGAUGCUUCCAUUGGCAAAUAUCAACGCCAUGCAUCGGACCCUGUGGAUCGUGGUCUCACCCAAGCUGUAUUUGCUACAUGUGGCAAACGAGCACAACCAAUUAUGGAGCGUAAAUGGUUCAAUGAACGUCGACAGUGGAUUGAAAAGCACACACCAGAAAUUGCUUCCCUUGCUGAUGCACCCAAUUGGCCAUUGCCAACAUCAUCUUCUUCCUAUGAGAUUCGCAAGAAAAUGGUGCGCAUUUGGAAUACGGUGGAACCUCAAGAAUUGUGGAACCUGCCACGCGAUCGCAAACACAAGUUACGCAGCAACGUGAUUGACGCACUCCUUGACAUCAUUGAUGCCAACAUUGACAUGAUCCUUCAAGAGCAGAUGAAGGCUGCAAAGAUUCUUGAGGAUGCUCGACAAAAGAAAUGGGUAUCGAGUUGCCGUUUCAGUCGUGUGGUGGGCAUGACGGCAGAGUGUGCGGCACAAAACACUGAGUUGGUAUCAUCGCUUUGGCCACGUGUGGUGAUUGUUGAUGAAGCGCAUGAAAUUUUGGAGUCUACGGUGCUGCCUUUUGUCUUGGGAUCUCGUGCAGAACAUGUGAUUAUGAUUGGCGAUCAUCAAUCAACCAUGCCUCCUCCUGUUCAUAAUCCUGCAUUACGUGAUGAGCCCAAACAUUUGGAUACAUCCAUGUUUGAACGAUGGAAACGAUCGGGUGGUACGAUGAUUCGACUUGAAGAACAAUGGCGUAUGUGUAAAGAGAUUGCUGGUAUCCAUGACUCGGUGGCAAUGACAGCUACGACAGCUCCAGAUCGCUCGCUUCUCAUCACUGCACCUAUCGCCAGCGAAAAUUGUGUCGAUGAAUCAUCCAUUGAGCUGUUCGGUGUAUCUCAACGUGCCUUCUUUAUCAACCAUGCCAUCAAUCCACAAGGCGAAAGUACUACACACGGCUUUUUCUCUCGUAUGUGUGGCGCUGGAGUCACUGAGCAGGAUGUUGACGAGGCUCGUUACGCAUGCCAUUUGGGUCUCUAUCUCUUCCAACAAGGCUACAAGCCAUCACAAAUCACCAUUCUCACCUUGUCGCCAAUCAUGAACAAGCUGAUAAAGACCGUUAUGCAUGAGCACAUUCGUACCGUCAGUGUAUUUUCCAAACCUGCUGUGGAUGGUAUUCAUGUUCAUGGCGUUGAUGAUUAUAUCGGCAAAGAGAACAUGUUCGUCAUCCUCGUACUUCGAAUGCCCGAUGAACAAGUUAUACCCGAAGACAACAUCUCACUUGCACUUUCGAGAGCUCGACAUGGAUUAUAUAUCGUUGGCAACGUUUCUUAUCUCGGCAAGGGAAUAUGGGCCAACGUAGCACAGCAAAUGAGAGCAAGAGGCUCGCUCGAUUCUCAUCUUACUGUCACCUGUAAGAGUCAUCCAGAGUCCACAAAUCAUCUUGGUCAUUAUCGAGAUUUCGAAUCAGUGAGAAAUGGUGGAUGCAAUCGUGUUUGCAAUACGUUAUUGGAGUGUGGUCACGCGUGUGAAGAGAUGUGCCACCAUUUGAAGCAUUCAAGUGCUACAAGCAAGUGCAAGCGACCUUGUGUACGACCACGAUCAUGCGAGCACAAUUGUCCAAAUGCUUGCUACGAGUGUGAGAAUCAACCUUGUCCACCUUGUACAGAAAUGACAACCAAGACUUUACCAUGCGGCCAUACAGCUACCGGCCAAUGCAGCGAAAUUAGCGACGACAAAUUUGAAUGCCAAAAUAUGGUUGAACGCGAGCUACCUUGUGGACAUACAUACACUGCCAAGUGCCAUCUUACGCCAAAUGAAGGUGAAAUCAAGUGCGAGGAAGUUGUGGAUAUGGUCUUGGAUUGUGGGCAUCAAGUAUCAGCACCCUGUGGAUACAAGCCCAUUUGCACACAAGUUUGUCGUGAACGCCUGGAAUGCGGACAUCCAUGUUCUAAACCAUGUGGAUCGGAGCAACACUCACAUAGCCGUGACCUGUGUACUGCAUCGUGCCCGAAACAGCUCAUUUGUGGUCAUAAUUGUGCAAAGGGUUGUGCUUCCGCCGAAGAACACACGGACCGUUGUUUGGAACCUUGUCGUCACGUAUGCUCUCACGGAUACAAAUGUGGUCGUGAUUGUUGGGAGGUCUGCAAUCUUUGCAUGAACCCGUGCCCCUACAUGUGCGAGCACAAGCGCUGUACCAAAAAAUGCUACGAGAGAUGUGAUCGAUUACCCUGUGAAGAAGCAUGUUCGAAGAUUUUGGAUUGCUCUCAUCCUUGUCCUGGCCUUUGUGGAGAACCAUGCCCACCAUGCAAAGAGUGCAAUCCGGAUCUCAAAUGCAGCAUCUCAUUGCGUACGCUAUCAGAGUUUGAAAAGAAUGAAAAAGUAUACAUGCUCCCUGAAUGUGGUUGUGUCUUCGCUGCUGAGUCUCUUGAUCUUUAUUUCAACAAUCAAGCAAAGAAUGGUGAGCAUACAGCUAUCAAACUAUGGCAAUGUCCAUCUUGUCAAAAGCCAAUCUACACUGCAUUACGCUACAACAUUUAUAUCAAGACCGAGAUUGCUUUGGUGAACCAAAUCAAGCGUCAACAAGAGGAAAUACGCCAGCGUAUCUCGCAACGAGAAAAGCAGGACAUUAUCGAAGCAAUGAAUGCGGAGACCAAGAUGAGUGUACAUAAUAUUGUGGGUGGUCGCUGGUUUGUUUGCGAAAAUGGUCAUCCUUAUUACAUCGGCGAAUGCGGUGGUGCAACUGAAAUUUCAAAUUGCCCACAUUGUGGUGCUGUCAUUGGAGGAUUACAACACAAGGUUGUGGAUUCAAACAGGUUCUAUGGUGAAUUUGAUGGCUCGUUCCAACCAGCAUGGCCAGGUCAACCAAGUUAA